UCUGUAUCAUCCCAGCCCAACCCCCAACCCCCUACCCUCUUCUUCUCUCUCUCUCUCUCUCGCUCUCUCUCUCUUCUCCAGCAUCCAACCUCUCUCCAGGUAAAUGUUUACUAUAGUCAUAUGCAAAGGAGUCCGCUCUCCAUUAUCAUGCUCGAUUUUGCAGUCUCCGCAUAAAACUUUUAUGGGUCAGAUGUUUUGUUUUUAUUCAUCCUACUAGUCUAAAGAACAGUUGUUUCUAGUGGCAGUGCUUUAGUUUUAUCAAACAAAAACCUUUGCUGUCCAUAUUCGAGGUCCUAAGCUGGAUUUUGCAGAUUUUGGUUUCAAAGGACUUGUAUUGAAGUGAAUAACUGUAUUCAUCUGUUUGUUGCUCUAUUUUGGUUCUUGUUAUGGGAGAAAUGUGGGGGACUUCAAUUUCAGUUAAUUUGAAAUGGAAUAGGUUUGCUUGCCAAAAUAGCUUGUAUAUUCCAAGUAAUUGUGAAUAUAGGGUAUGGAGGAGUUAUAAUUGUAGCUUGUACGGUAGUUCGCUUAUGAAAAUGAAUGGAGGUCCCGUGGGAAUAUCCGAGCUCAUUAUUUUUUCCAUGCCAAUGGAGGGGUAUGCAUGGUUUGGAUGUGCACAACGGAAGAUACCCCAAUUGAGUUCAUUAAUUGGAUCCACUAAAAUGACUAAUUUUUUUGGUGUAUCAAAUUUUGUUGCUAGUGAUGAACCUGGGUUGGUUUCUGAAGAAAAUGAAGACAAUGAAUUUAUUCAAAAAAGAAAAGAUGAAUUUCAGACAGAUUAUUUUGGACAAUAUUUGCCUCCUUGGGGAAAUUUGAUAACUCACCACAGAUCAGAUAUGGAUUCUGAAAGUACCGCUCAGCAUUCAAUGCUGUCAAGAGAUAUGAUCACUGUUAAUGAAAUUAGGGUACAACUUUUAGAGGAAACAGAUGAAGAAGAGUUAUCAAGAAAGAUCUUGAUGCUUAGCAGAUCCAAUAAGUUUAGAAGUGCACUAGAAUUGUUCAGGUCCAUGGAGUUCUCAGGUCUACAACCCAAUGGACAUGCUUGUAAUUCUCUUAUCUCUUGUCUCUUAAGAAAAAAACUUCUUGACCAUGCAUUGAGUGUCUUUGAGUUCAUGAAGAGAAAUGAGAUCACAACAAGCCAUACAUAUGCCUUAAUACUAAAAGCAGUUGCAGAUUAUGAGGGAUGUGAUUGCUCCCUUAAUAUGUUUAGAGAAUUAGGAGGGUUUUCCGGGGACAGGAAUGAUUUUGAUGUCAUUGUUUAUAACACAGUGAUAUCUGUCUGUGGAAGAGUGAACAAUUGGGUUGAGACGGAGAGAGUAUGGAAAAGCAUGAAACAAAAAGGUAUUAAUGGAACACAAAUUACAUUCUCACUGUUGGUUAGCAUUUUUGUGCGUUGUGGCCAGAAUGAGCUGGCUCUUGCUGCAUACAGUGAGAUGAUUCAAAAUGGUAUUAAACCAAGAGAUGAUGCACUGCAGGCUGUAAUUGGGGCAUGCACAAAAGAGGGAAAGUGGGAUUUAGCUCUAAAUGUUUUCCAGAAUAUGUUGAAUCAUGGGCUGAAGCCAAAUCUUAUUGCAAGCAAUGCAUUGAUAAAUUCACUUGGAAAAGCUGGAGAACUCAAACAAGCAUUCAAGGUCUUUGAAAUAGCUAAAUCUUUGGGUCAUACACCUGAUGCAUAUACAUGGAACGCAUUGCUUAAUGGACUAUACAGGGCAAAUCGACUUGCUGAUGCUCUUCAACUGUUUGAGAGCAUCAAAAGAGAAAAAAGUUCUCAAAUCAAUGAGCAUUUGUACAACACUGCUUUAAUGUCAUGCCAGAAGCUUGGUUUAUGGGAUAAAGCUCUUCAGCUAUUGUGGCAAUUGGAAGCUUCCGAACUGUCUGUCUCAACUACAUCUUACAAUCUUGUUAUUGGUGCAUGUGAGAUUGCAAGAAAGCCAAAAGUUGCAUUGCAAGUUUACGAGCACAUGGUCCACCAGAAUUGCACUCCAGACACUUUUACUUAUUUGUCUCUAAUAAGAAGUUGCAUAUGGGCAUCUCUUUGGAGUGAAGUGGAUGAAAUUCUAAAUCAAGUUGCACCAGAUGUGUCUCUCUACAAUGCUGUGAUUCAUGGAAUGUGUUUAAGAGGCAAGAUCGAAUCUGCUAAGAAGCUGUAUAUGGAAAUGCGUAGAAGCGGUCUCAAACCUGAUGGCAAAACACGAGCUUUGAUGCUUCAGAACCUGCGAAAGGUUUCAACUAAAAGGCGGAGGUAGUCUGUUUUAUCAAAUAUCUCCCUGUUACUGAGCUGACCAGCAAUUGUAGGAUUAUCCAAUUUCAUUUUCGCAGUUGUAUAUCAUGACAUAAUAAAGUAAAACAUUGUAUAUUGGUAUCUAAGCUAUUCGCUAUUGAAAUACUCCAUAAUUCGUUGCUCUUAUUUCUGAAAUUGACGAUUAGAUUUUAUUA